AUGGUGGCCCCAUCUCCGUACCGUACCGCACUCAUUGAUUGUGUCAAAAGCGGAAUGACAAAUUCAGAGAUCGUUAAAAAGCUGAAAGUGUCUCGUGUUCUCGUUUUUCGAACUGCACAACGCUAUCGGCGUCUCGGUACUUCAGAUGACAUGCAAAGAGGGGACGUCCAGUCACCGUCACGACUCCAGAAGCCGUCAAAGCCGUUCGAGAGAAAAUCAGACGCACUCCGAAAAGAAGCAUGAGAAAGGUGGCAAAAGAAUACGAAAUGAGUCGAGAAUCGAUGAGAACUAUUGUCAAGGACCAGCUGAAGAUGAUUCCCUACCGUAUGCAGAAAGGAGCCUUCCUUAAUCAAAAAAACAAGACAUUACGGAUGAAAAAGGCUCGAAAGCUGCUCGCUGGCACGAAAGAUGGCUCGCAUCUGACGACGCUAUUUACCGACGAGAAAAUCUUCACUGUGGAGACGAACAAGAACGGCCGAAACCAUCCGAUCCUCGCUACUAACUAUCAGAGUGCCUGUGAAAAAGAAAAAAUUCUGAAUAAAACUUUGCAUCCGGCUUCCGUGAUGGUUUUUGCCGGAAUUGCCGCUGACGGCAAAACUCGGCUGAUUUUUGUGGAUCCUGGAGUCAAAGUGAACCAAGUAUACUACAGGGAGUAGAUUUUAAAGUUGAGGGUGUUGCCCUGAGCCAGUUCUCACUACGGAAACCGACCAUGGACCUUCCAGCAAGACGGCGCCCCCGCUCAUCGCGCCAAAGGGACUCAAGAGUGGUAUCUCAUCAACGUGGGAGCAUGCGCAAUUCAUCCUACCGAACAAAUUGACUGGCAGCCGAACAUCUAUGUAAUAAUAUUGAAUUGUUUUUCCGAUUUAAACGUUACCUAAACUUCAGGUAUAUCGCAACGAAAUGGUGUGACAAUUUUGUCCCUAUUUCCCACAUCAUCAUCGACGGCAAGGUCCUCACAAACCUCCGCUUCGCCGACGACAUCGUACUCUUCUCAAGCUCCACCACCGAACUGUCCUCCAUGCUGAACGAUCUGGACGAAGUCGGCAAGAAGAUCGGCCUUAAGAUGAACGUCAAGAAGACGCAGUGGAUGAAGAACCGCUUCUGCGACCAAGGCAAAGUCACCCUGGAGGGUCGCGACCUUCAAGAGGUCACAUCCUACAUCUACCUUGGCCGCGAAGUAAACAUGAUGAACGACCUGCAAGCAGAGAUCGGCAGACGCAAACGCGCUGGAUGGGCCGCCUUCAACUCUAUCAAAGAAGUCACCAGUCAGCUGAAAGACCCGAAACUGCGAGCUCACAUCUUCGAAGCGUCGAUAAUCCCUGCCAUCUCCUACGGUACCGAAGUUUGGCCUGACACGAAGAAAAAUGCAACCGCCCUACGAACUUCCUACCGCGCACUGGAACGUGCUCUCAUCGGCACCACUCGCUUCGAGCAGUAGAAAAAAGAACAGAGGAGCACAGACCUCCGUCAACUAUCCCAAAUCCGGGAUCUAGAAGAGCACAUACAACGCGGGAAACAUCGUUGGGGCGGCCACAUCAUCCGCAGACAAGACGACCGCUGGUCCACGAGAUUAACACACUGGAUUCCGAGAAACAUCAAGCGCCCACUCGGGCGCCCACCGACCAGAUGGACGGACUACUUCCGCAAGAACAUCAGUCAGCCAGGCCGCCACUGGAUGACCGUCGCGCAAGACCGAGCCGUCUGGAGAACGUGUGGUCCACGCUGAGAACAUCAGCGAAGAUGGACCAUCAAAGUAUCAAAGUAAGUAAGUAUUUCCCACAUCGAAGAAGAAGAUGUUAGUGCAGAUAUUCUUGUGCAGAUUCUCUUGCUUGGCACUUUUCUUUUUAUCGACGAUUUACAUUCUGAUAAUUGCGGUCAGUUUUUCAAAAUAUGAAUUUUACUGGUUAAAAAACAAAUAAUUAUUUUCAUUUAGGUCAGUGGAAAGGCACCAAAGAGGCGGCUAUCGUUGACUUUAUGCCGAGAGCAUACACUUCGUACACGAAUGUUAAGAAGGUCUUAAAUUUUUCAAUUUUCUUUUUUUCUUUUUCCUUUGUUUUUUUUUUUGCUUGUUUUAUGUUAUUUUUCCAUUUCCAGGCUCUGCUCGACAACAGUUCAUCGGUGUAUUGGGAAGCGAUUCAUAUUGACGCGUUGGAAAAAUGCAAUGAGAAAUCGCGCUUGGAGAUGGCAAAAGAGUGUCUGAAGAAAUGGGAUCUGCUGUCUAAGAUCGAAAUGGCCAACGAACAAAUCAAGCCCGAGAAGGAUCGAAUGAAGCGACAAGACAUCGGCUUCAAAGGCUUCAACAGUCCUACUGAAGAACUCGAUCAAUACAUAAUCGCUGUCAAGGAGAACCUAACGAAAUUGACUGUGGUGUUAAAUGAAAUUGACUGUAAUGUUAAAUGUUGGCGAGUAGUUGUUGAUAAAUUGCAUGAAUAUACCUUUAAAAUUCUUGAUUUCCAAUACUUCGACUAA